AUGGUCACUGGUCUCUGGUCUCCCGACGAACACGCCGACUUUCUGCUUGCAAUCAAACUGUACCCUCGAGGCCCGUGGCGCAAAGUCGCAGCGUACAUUGGCACGCGAUCCGUCCGUCAAGUGCAAACGCACGCCCAAAAGUACCAUGAAAAAGUGGUGCGACGCAUGCGGGGGCUGCACAAAGGUCGCCGCUAUUCCGGUCGCGAAGAGCACCGCAUUGACGACGACAUGCUCGCUGCGUGCAAGCUGGGCGAAGGCUUUGGUGUCCUCGCACCCCGCCACAGUAGACCGGUAGCUCCAAUGAAGCAGCAGCAGCACCAUACUGUUGUGCCACCACUGCUCGAGUCCACCGACUUCAGACCUGUACGUCUGCGGGACGCCACACUCGGUUCGAUGAGUCCGAGUGGUGUGGACUCGAACGGCAUUGCGGACACACUUCAGAGGUCAUUGACGUGUGGCAUUUCCUGUUGGCUCCCGACGAUCGACGAGUCACUUGAUUUCCUCAUUGACCGCUUACUUGUUGAAGGCAGCAAGUGCCAGAGCUAUGCAUUCGACUGGAGCUCGAUAGACCCCUAA